AUGCCUCCCUUUGCCUCUAUCCGGACGCCGUCCGUUGCCGGAGCGUCACUAAGGGGUUUGUCUCCAGGAAAACUCGGAGAUCGCAACGCUGAUGACACAGCGUCCGCCGAUGUCACUAGCGAGGCGCGAAAUAACGGAAAAUCCACUGCGGGAGACUCGACUCCUGGCUUUGCGCCCCAAGAGGCUGAUGGCGGUAGGGGAACUGCGACGACGCCUUCGUCGGCUGCAGCAUCUCUCCAAACGUACUCGGAACCGAUGUCGGAGAAUAAUGGCGGGUCAGAUGUGCUCUCUGAUGCCUCUCUGAGUCGAACCAACAGAUGGGAGGAGAUCUCCCCGCAGGCGCGGAUAGCGUAUUUACGCGCUCGGUACAGCUCUCUGCCGACACAGGCGUUAGCCGACGCUUCUGCUCGCGUGGACGCGCGUGCCGGGAAGAGCCACAGCGUUCCCGGCCCUGCAGGCAGCCCUUCGGCGGUGCUCUGGGCAGAGCCCGUUCCAUGGCAACUCCGUUCCAAGAAAACGUGGAAACCGCGUGCUCCCCGGUGCGCAACAGUGCAAGAGCGUGUCGCCGCCGCGCGUAUCACCGGCGUUUUCCCGUCUCACAUCCCCUUACCCGCAGGGUACAUGCUGGACUCAGAGGGCCGCCUGGUUCCGGAGACAGUUGCUGUCCCCGUGUGCGAUAGCCCCGACGACAAGGACGAUGAGAAACCGGAUUCCAAGAAAGCCACCGGGCGGGGAUCUUUCAACUUGGUACGGCCUGCGCCUCUCUGCAGGAUUGUGGGAAUCAGCGAAGCCACGAUCAUGAAGAAGGGCUUGAUGGCUGUGCUGCUGAUUGACGGCAUCGGCACUCUCGGCCUCUGCAUGCGGGCCGCUAUGACAGAAGAGCAGUGGAAGGAGUGCGAUGCCUCGCCGGAGGCCAGGAGAGAAGUCGAGGAACUCGAAGUUCUGCCCGACCGGGUCCGGACCCGACACACGAUGCGGAAAUUAAUCCUGGGCGAACUGUCUCUCCGUCAACUUCUCCCGAUUGACGUGUCCUGCAUCCAGGCGGACAUCUCCGUGCUCUCUCUGCGUCAGCUGCUCAUGUUUCGCAUCAACAACUGCUACACGUUCGACUCCUCUUCGCGCUACCACUCCGCGCAUGCGUCUCUGCUGUACAGUGCGGACUGCCGCCUCGCGCGGCUUCUCGGGGAGUGGAUUUUGGAGCGCACGUCUUUUGGCCUUUUCACGCGCUACCUACUGCAGCACGUCGGCGAGUUCAUGAAACGCGUGUGCGCGUCAGACGCACACGCGGAGGGCAACAUCACGCUCGAGGCCUUGACGGGCCCGGGAAAGGCCUCGACGGCCACGGCCCGGCGGUUUGCGCCCAGAAAUUUGAAGGCGGUUGUGAGACGUCUGACGCGCCGGAAAGGCAGCAAAUCGGCACGGACGCCUGGAACGACUGUGGCGCCUCCGGCCUCUGCUCACGUGACGCUGCGGGGCGGCAAAAACGUGGCAUCGCGGCAUGCCACGGGUCCCGGACGUCGCCACCUGAACGUGGGUUUUUCGCGGGAUUUGACGACAAAGUUCGGGCGGAAAGUCCUGACGAAGAAGCGGUGGGUCGGCGCGUUGCUUGGGACAACGCUCCGUUCGGGCUCAGCUAAAAACGCGGCGACGACCACGGAACCGAGACUGCGCCGCGCCAACUCGAUGCCGGAGCUCCGGACGGCGUCGUCGAAACGCGGAGUCGAGGCGAGCAUUGCGGCUCGGCGUCUCGCGAGGAAGUACCGCAGGCGCACGUUCGACGAAGCUAUGUCGUCUGCAUGCGCCGCGAGACAGCGCGCCAUGCUGGUCGGGCACGCUGCCUCGGCAAACAGCGCGACCGAGGCCAGUUCGGACGCGAAAGACAGGCAAGGACAGCAGGAAAGGCCUGCCGCGCUGCCUCUGCGUCCUACGCUCUUCAAAUCGCUCAAGUCGUGGACGGGACAAGCGCAUCGAGGCGCGCAGCCGGGGAAGCUCGCGGCGGUCGACCACCAAGACCGCGAGAGGCGGCGGCGCGACGCUGCGGACUCUGUCGCCAGCAAGAUGGUUCGAGACGCGUUCCUCGCAGGCGGACUGGACCAAUAUCUGCCGUCAGCCUAUGCGAUGCCGGCGGGAGUUGAGGAGGCGUCUGUGGCCCAGAAACGUGAACUGGGGAGACAGCUUGUGCUUCAGUUGGGGCUGCUUCUUGUCGCGAAGGAACGGCGGAACUCGCUGUUCCCGUGCCUGGAGGACCUCGACGCCGUCGUCAAUCGGAAGGCAGGCAAGGAUGGGAAGUUCCACAAAACGACGCCGACGGGCAGCGUGGCGGGCGACAAAGAGUCCGAGGCAGCCAGCACCACGCCCGGAGCAAGUCCGGCCUUGAAGAAGGCGCUGAGUGCUCUCAAGUCGACCGCAUCUCUCCCGCGCCGGCAGAAGACGGUGUCGUUUCCGGGGACCCCAGCAAGCGAGUGCAGCAACGCAGAGAGUCAAUCGUCGGGGCCGAAGAAGGAGACUGCAGCCGGCGGGUCGGGGAAAGACUCUCCGCUGCAUAGGCGAUUGCCCUUUCGGGGGAGGACGCUCACGGGUCUUUCCGCGAUUGAACAGGAUCGCGCGAGCAUGCCGCAGCUCGCGGCAAGCGCCGACGGCUUGUGGAUUCGCCUGCUGGUCACGAGCAGCGUGGGUGCAGAGUGCAACGUGGGAAGCCGCGUGGGGAACCCAAAGAUCCCGCGGCCGCCAGGGAGCGGGCCGUCCGGAGGCCUGGGGAUCUUGAGGCGGGGACACAGCCGGUUUUUUCCGAAUGCCGACAGGAGCAGUUGGAAAAAGCCCGUGGCGGAACCCGCCGCACUGUCUGGCGUGGAUGUGAACGGCACCGGCAGGGUGGCUGAGCUGAUACGGCUGAAGCAAGCGGCGGAGAAGAACCCGCGCGCUGCGUGGUGUGAGUGUUUUCUCCUCUUGCGACCGCUGGUUCCGGGCUGCUACGCCUCGUCGACAAUCGAGAGAAGCAACACUUUGCUGGAGCGUCUUGGGCAAGCCGCCGCCACAGCCUUCAAACGGAACUGUGCGGGAAGCGGGGUGGAGGGCGUGGCGAGAAGGCGGGCGCCCGGCGAAGGCGAGUUCGAAGUCAUUGUCAGCGACGAUCGCCCGCUCGGUGCGGGAGUCUUUUGGGGCAUGCCUGCGGGCGACAUGCUUUGCCGCCGGCAAGGCACCGACUCGAACCAGUGGGAAGUCACCUUUCUCCCGGAGCAAGUCCACCUGGAUCUGAGUGUAGGCGGCGACAUCCGCGCCAAAGAUCUCGUGACGGAACUGCGCGAACGCAUCACGCGAAGAUCCCGCAAGUCGAGCGAGGCGCCAGCUGCAUCCAGCGACCGGCGAGGCUGA